AUGGAAUAUUGUGGCGGGCCGAGGUCCAUGAGCCAGCUUCCUAAUUGGGCUAUCAAAAGCCCAGUAAAAGCUUUCGUCCUGGGCCAUCACGUAUCUACCCCAGUUGGCCCAGUUCAUGGGAUUUGGGCAAAAUCAGGGGAGGCAAUGGCCUACUAACAGCCCACUCGAACAAAAUGGGUUACGCCUGGUCUCUAUCAAAGCUGGAUUCAGGCUUCAUGGUUUUCUCAGGCUAGUCCUUUCCAGUCAGAAAGCCCGAAGCACAUUUUCUCUCCCAUCCUAUCAGCAAGGAAUGUUGAUAUGAUGAGAGAGAGAGCCCAUCAUCAGGAGGGGCUAACGCUUUUUUCUUAAACUUGUGUGCCUAAUAUUUCCUCCUCAUUAUUCUUCGAAGAUUCGGUAUUUUCCAUAUAAAGGCUGAUUUUGACUUCGCCCGGGUCCGGGUAGGAGUUUUCCCCCCGGAGGUUAGAUCAGUGUGGAGAGGCGAAACGAACGGAGGAGAUCCGUUGUGUAUACCUCGUGGGGAGGUGGGAAGGCCGCUUCCACCAGUCUCACUACCUCUCCCCCCACCGCCGGCAACACAAAUCCUUUGUCUUGCAAGCCGAGGAUAGGCUUCGUGUUCCCAUGCUACCGGCACCCGAUCGUCGCUGAGAGAUUCCCAGAAGGCUGGCGGUUCUAAUCGUUGUCUAGGGUUUCUGGGAUCCAGGCGCUGCCGAGAUUUUAGUGGGCGGCGGCGUGGCGUGGCGUGGCUUCGGGGUUGUGGAGAUGGACGAACUCGGGUUCUGUGGGGAGGCUCCCGGAGACGGUCCGGGGAAACUGGGUGGGGAUUGCCCAGGUCUGUUUUAGGGUUUCUCAUAUUUUUGCUCAUGGUUUCAGGUUUCCCCGAUUUGCGGGGGAAUCCCCCCGGAACUGAUCUGGUUUUCCAGAAUUUAUAAUUUAUUAUCCCCUGCAUCUGUCAUUGAUAUUUAAUCGUUUGGUUUUAUGAUAGAAAUCUGCCCGUAAUCGCGUCGGGGAUGCUAGGACCAGUCCCCCAGUAUUUUUUUCAUUUUGGGAAGAAAUAUAUGGACUUGCUUCAACCAGUUGCGGCGUCCGUUCGCUGUAUUUUGUUCUCUCCCGUUAAUUUAUCGAACUCUCUCAAUCGGCCGGAGAAUACUGCAUUUCUUACAUAUUGGGAAGGAACAUUAGGCUGUUUCAGCCAUUCGCUUCAUAAAUUCUUUGGAUUUUGCAUUAUUUUUAUGUUUUCUUUAAUUUUCCGAACGCCUCCCUUUCAUAUCCAGAAUAUUGGUUCGAUCGAAUUGCCGCGUCUUCAACCUGACGUGGGUAUUGGGUCUUUCCGCAGUUGAUACAAGAUUUGAUGCUUCCCAGUAUGCCUUCUUUGGGAAGGAUGCGGUAGAAGAGGUUGAAUUGGGGGGACUUGAGGAUGACGAGGAUGAAGAUGUUGUAUUCCUUGGGGCGGACGACAUUAAUAACCGCUAUUCCUCACUUGGGGACAGGGAUGAGGUAGCUUCUUCAUUUCACGUCGAAAUAUGUUUCCAUAACUUUCUUCCACGCUUUAUUAGGCCUCAGAAUUCGGUGGUGGUAAAUGAAGACUUCCCUUUUUGGUCUCCUUGUAUUCCUCUUCACUGAAAUAGUUUCUGAUGAAAGCUUCCCUAAAAAUUCUUUUUGUAUGUCCUCCCGAGUGCCUUACUGAGGUUAAAGAAUGUUCAGGUUUUUUUCACGUAUUUUCCUUGAAAUCGUAUUAGAGACGAAAUUCUUUGAGAUUCUAUAUGAGCUCGUGAUCAUUGUAUGCAUGAAAAUUUGUACCACUAAUUUUUACCAAAAUUUGGGGAUGUUAAGGCGUGCCUGUUCAUGUUAAGGAGAAAAAAAUAAUUCUAACUCAUUUUCAUUUCAUUGAACACCGAGUUUCAUACUACGUGUAUAAACUUCAGUUAGUACGAAAUCGGAAUUUGUUGUCUGGAUUUGUGCUAGUUAAUGUGUUUUCCUGUCGUAUUUUUUUCUGACUUAAUGUCUUCUACCAGAUUCCUUUUAAUUUUUUCAUUGCAAUAAAAAUAGUUGGGAGCUUGUUGAUUUCUGACCGCAUUUUAAUGGCUGAGAGAAUGUCUUAAGUACCUAGCUACUAUUUGUAUCGAUAAGAGAUUGCACAUCUAGCGGAAACUGAUGUACUUCUGGUUAAUUGAUCAAUUGAUAGACGUUACCUGUAUCUUUUUCCAAUGCCACGUUCUGCUCAAAUUUUCUUUUUAUUGCUUGGAAAUGGUGAAUGGUUAAAAGAAACCUUCUUGUAGAGUCAGGAAGUGUUGAAUUGAAGUAUUGUAAUUUUUUUUCUGUUGUUGUCAACGUGUUGUGCUUGCUACUUUUAUUGGUUGUUAUUCUAUGUUGUCGAAGUUGGUAUUCCCCAUGUCUUUAUGAAUUUAAUGAUUUUUUCAUUUUUCGUAUUUAUGCUCAUUUUUUAUUUUAUGACCAUUUUAUUAUUUUUUCCUUUUUUUCUCUACUCUUCUUUCUUGUCAUCUUCAUCCCCCCACACCUUCGUUUCUUCUUCAUUUUCGCUUUUCUAUGCUUAUGAUAUUCUUUCGUUACUGCGAAUGUGGGUUUUCUCCAUGCUGAAUAGUCCCUCAUCGUUUGACUUGAGAUUGUGUUGGAAAAUUGAACACCCAGAUCAUUGCAUGGUGGCUGAUCCACAAGGAUAAGCCAAUUUUAGGUCUGUCUUGAAACCUUUUGAUUUCUUAGCCCAUCCUCCUGGUCUGAUCCUGUGGAUGUGUUUCAUAAAGAGACCAAUAAGACCUUUGCCAUUUUCAUGAAUAACUUUCUUUGACGAACAACAGAGAAACAAAUAAUAUGAAAGUCCACCUAGAGAGGUAAUGAAACGAGACUCAGUCAAACUUCAGGCUGUUGUAGUUUUCUUUAAAUUUUUUAAUGUGUGUAGAACUAUAUUUUGAUUUCAACUGACAAUCUCUUUGCUGGAAAUAUUGGAUCAUUUUUUAUUAUCUCGUUCGAUUUUCACUAAUUAUUCAUGCAUAUGACAUUGAUUGUAGUGACUAAUAUUAAUGAAGUGUGCUAGUCAUGUGCUGAAAUUUUCAAAUUGUAUAAAGUAUCGGCUAAUAUUUGAUCAUCGUGAUCAAUGAGCAGUUAUUAUUCAUAGGUAUGGCGUACACUUUUUGUUUCAUCAAUGGCUGUACCUAUUGCACAUCUUUUCUCAAUUUGUCAAAGAGAAUGUGGCCGCUGGUAUAUUAUGAUAUCUGUGCUCUGUAUGAACUUUUCAAUAGCUGUUGAGGAACGAAGAUGCCAGUGGCACUGUUUUCCAUUGAUGUUGACACCAUUAUUGUGCUCUUUGCAGGGUGAAGAAUUAGGAUCUUUAUCAUCUUUAGAUGAUCUUACAAACACAUUGUCAAAGGUUAGUCACAUGGACGUCUUGUUUUCUUGAUAAAAUUAUAUUUCAGGGAGAAUGUUAUACAUAUGAUGACAUGGUGGAUAGAAUGCACUUGGUAUACUGUGGACGAUCAUUGAUUAUCUUAUUGUAAACAUAUUUUUGGUGGUAACGUUUGAUUUUCAAAUGGAUACUUCACAUAUCUUCCCUAUAGUUUUAUGUAUGAGGAGCAGCAUCCAUGAUCCAUCAUCAAAUGACUUGUUUCUCCGUUCAAAUGUUGUGUAUAUUCCCUUUUCCAACACUGUAGUGUCAUAUUUUUACUCAUACUGAUUUUGACCAAAAUUUCAAAUUUAUUCACUUGUUUGGUUAUCUUGAUAACUCUAGUAGCCCAAAGAACUUCUGAAACAAUUAAGCUGCUCAUCAGAAUACUUCUGCUUGGUUUGGGUUCCUGCCCGAUCUUUUUCUUCAUCUUAUUAUCCUUCCUUUGGUGUAAUUUUUAUUUUGAGGGAAAAAAAUCGUUUUAUCGAUCAGGGGAAGUAGAUAUUAAAUCAUGAUAUCAGGCUACACUGCACAUUCUAUGAUAUAUUGGGCAGAGGGUCGCUCUGAAGUAGAGCAUAUUGAUAAGGCUUCUGUGAUUGCCAAAAGAAAAAGAUCCUAAAGCUGUAAGAAAAGUUUUUUGUAUUGGUUGAUAUACAGUAUCAAUCGAUGUAAGAUAUUUUGGCUGUUGCAUAUUUUUGGAAUUUUUUUUCUUCAUACAUAUUUACGGACAAAGAUGCUUUGCCUAAUCUUCAAACCAAUCAAUCAUGGCUGCAAUAUCUUAUUUGAACAUGCUGCAAGUCUCACAUUCUUGUUAUGUUCGCAUAUAAGUCAUGCCUCAUUCAUGCUCAGGUUCGAUUUUACUCUUUGUUGUCGAAUUCUACUUUCCUUGUACAAUAAUGUUGCUUUUGUUUCUUCUCAGUUGAACAAGGAUGUUAAUGAACUGAGGAGCGUGGGAGUCAUUGGUGAGAGAGGAUUGUUUCCAAGAGAAAGUGAGUAGUUAUGUUGUUACUUCAGUGGUUUUUUUUUAUAAUUUAUUUGAAAAUUUGAGUCUUGGUGGGUUAUGUGAUCACCACCAUUGAAAACAGUUUGUUGCUCAAAAUUGAGUCUGUUGUUACUUCAGUGGGUUAUGUUCCCGCAGCUUCACUGUGAUAUAAAUAACUUUUUUCCAUAAAUUUUCAUAGAAUAAUCAUUUGCCCAUUGACUUUAUACUUUUAUCAUCUUUAACCCACUUUUUGCUGAUACAUAUUUUUUGGAAAGUUUUUUUUUCCUUCAUGCAUAUUUAUGGACAAGAUGCUUUGUCUAAUCUUAAAACCAACCAAUCACGGUAGUCUGCUCCAAAAAUCCAUCCUUGUUGCGGGCCUAACAUGGGUUCCAUGAAAUUACGUUCUGUUGCUCAAAUAAAUGGGUUCCAUGGCAUGAUCCUAAGAGCAUUCUCAUUUUUUUAUUCUUGGAGGGACAACGAUUACUUCUUUGGUAAUCGUUUACAAUGAAAAUUGAUCUGGAGUUCAUGAGACCCUUUUAUAAGUUUGGUUAUAUUUUUUCUACGUUGAUUUUAUGUGAAUUCUUCACGAACAUUAUUGGAUGAAACUGAAUUCAGAUAAAAUCGUUGGUCUAUGUGAUUUGCUGAUGCUUACAUUUUGCAGUGGAACUCGCUCUGGGUUCACCUCUUCGUGGGGCCCUUGUCGGUGCAACCAGCAAGAUCUUCUCCUUACCUAAUUAAUAUGAUCAGCAUAGUUUUAUAUAUACAAUUAUUUCUCUUUGAUCCACAGUUUUUUAAUUUAAUAUUUGUUCAUCCUUUGACUUGAGUUGUCUGCUGCCGCUUGAUUGAAGUUUUUUGUUUUCAAUGAACUUUCUUGACCCGGUCUCCUUGAUCAAUCAUCUCCUCAGGCUCGUCUGCUGCGGAUUGGUCUCAGGAGAUGGACUUGAACUGGCUCGAGCAGCCAUUAUUAGAUGCUGAUGGCAUUCAGGAAGGCAAGCAGCGGUUUUUGGAUGCAUAUUCUCCAGCCCAAAUCGAAGAACCCGGACGAAUUUACAGAACAUCAUCAUACCCCGAGCCGCAGCAGGAACAGAAGCAGCAACACAUCAUUCCCAGCAAGCCCAUCCCCGUGCCCAACUCCUCCUUCACAUCUUACCCUCCACCCGGCCAUCGAUCCCAGGGUUCUCCCAACCAGUCACACCACACAGUCGUUCCCUCUCUCCCCCCACCCGGUGCCCAGAUGCCCUUUUCCUCGCCGAAUCUCUCUCCUCUCUCUGCUUCCCAGAUUCAUCUGGCGGCUGGGCUGUCUCAUGGGCUCCCCUAUGGUGGGGGCAUGCCCCACCAGUUCACCCCUCCAGGCCUCCACAGCCGGCCUCAGAACUGGAUGAACCUGGUUAACAUGCCCCCAGGGGAUCACCCAAGUAUUCUGCCUAACCUCCUGCAGCAGCGGUUGCCUCACUCCAAUGGCCUUAUGUCCCCGCAGCUGCUGCUCCAGAAGCAGCAAGAGAGGAUGCAUCAAAGUCAGUCUCUGCCACCUCAUUUCUCACACCUCCAGCCCCAGCUGGUCGGCCAACACCUGGUUCCCCAGGUGAUGAACAAUUAUGACUCGAUACUUGGGAUGGCCGAUCUGAGGGAGCAGAGAUUGCUGAGGCCGCCUCCAAGGGGGAGACCAGGUGGUCGGAUCCCCAGGCAAGGUUAUGAUGGAGGAGGGCAGAAGAGUGACAAUGGAUGGCCGCAGUUCAGGUCAAGGUACAUGUCGGCGGAGGAGAUUGAGGGUAUAUUGAGGAUUCAGCAUGCUGCCACACACAGCAAUGACCCCUACGUUGAUGACUACUAUCAUCAAGCUUGCGUGGCAGCAAAGUCGAGAAUGAGGCACCAUUUCUGCCCGGCUUCCAUCCGUGACCUUCCGCCUCAGGUCCGUGCCAACAGUGAGCCACAUGCCUUUCUCCAGGUGGAUGCACUUGGGAGGGUCCCCUUCUCUUCCAUUCGCCGGCCACGGCCACUGCUGGAGGUUGAUCCACCCACCUCUGGAGAUGAUGGCCAGAAGUCUGCUGCUACCGUUGCUGCUAAGCCUCUGGAUCAGGAGCCCUUGCUGGCGGCCAGGAUAGCCAUUGAAGAUGGGUUCUGCCUUCUCCUUGACGUGGAUGAUAUAGAUCGUCUUCUGCAGUUCAGCCAGCCCCAAGAUGGUGGCUCUCAGAUGAGGCGGCGGCGGCAUGCGCUACUUGAAGGGUUGGCUACAUCUCUACAGCUUGUCGAUCCCCUUGGCCCGGGGAAGUCUGGCCACACUGUGAGCUUGGGCCCAAAUGACGACCUGGUCUUCUUGCGGCUGGUCUCUCUCCCCAAGGGACGAAAGCUCCUCUCCUGCUAUCUCCAGCUUCUCUUCCCCGGUAGCGAGCUCACACGGGUGGUCUGCAUGGCCAUCUUCCGCCACCUGAGGUUCCUCUUUGGCGGCCUGCCACCAGGUUCCACCAUGGCUGAGACGACAGCCAAUCUUUCCAGGACCGUCUCCUCAUGCAUCAGCGGCAUGGAUUUGAACUCGCUAAGUGCCUGCCUGGCAGCCAUAGUCUGUUCUUCGGAGCAGCCGCCACUCCGGCCACUUGGGAGCUCUGCCGGCGACGGUGCCUCUGUAAUCAUAAAGUCCGUUCUGGAGAGGGCGACGGAGCUUCUGACCAGUCCGCAUGCGUCCGGCAGCUACAACGUCUCUAACAGGUCUCUGUGGCAGGCCUCCUUUGACGCCUUCUUCAGGCUUCUGACCAAGUACUGUGUGAGCAAAUAUGACAGCAUAAUGCAGUCAUUGGACAUGCAGACACCACAUGCUGUUGUCAAUAAGUUUGAGGCGGUGAAAGCGAUGAGCCGGGAGAUGCCGGUGGAGCUGCUGCGAGCGAGUCUCCCCCACACAGAUGAGCAUCAGCGGAAGACAUUGAUGGACUUCGCACAGCGGUCUACCAUGCCGGCUGCUGGGUUCAAUGGUCAUGGUGGCGGCGGCAGGGGGCAAAUGAGCUCUGAGUCUAUUCCGGGCUGA